AUGGCUCUAAGUGGCAACUGCAGGACUUACCUUCCUCCCCGAGAGCAGGGGACUGGACUGCACUCCUUCCCGGAGGUAGUGGAGCUAAACGUGGGCGGUCAGGUUUACUUCACUCGCCACUCCACCUUGGUUGGCACCCCUCACUCCCUGCUGUGGAAAAUGUUCACCCCAAAGAGAGACACGGCCAACGAUCUGGCCAAGGACUCCAAGGGAAGAUUCUUCAUCGACAGAGAUGGUUUCCUUUUCCGCUAUAUUCUGGACUAUCUCAGGGACAAGCAAGUGGUUCUGCCUGACCACUUCCCAGAGAAGGGAAGGCUCAAGAGGGAGGCUGAGUACUUCCAGCUCCCGGACUUGGUCAAACUCCUGACUCCCGAUGACAACAAGCAAAGCCCCGAUGAUUAUUGCCACAGUGACUAUGAAGAGGUCUCCCAAGGCAGUGACACAAGAAUAUGCCCACCCUCAUCGCUCUUACCGCCUGAUCGGAAGUGGGGAUUCAUUACCAUUGGGUACCGGGGGUCGUGCACUAUUGGCAGGGAGAGCCAAGCAGAUGCCAAAUUCAGGAGGGUCCCAAGGAUUUUGGUUUGUGGAAGGAUUGCUCUGGUCAAGGAGGUCUUUGGCGAAAGUUUGAAUGAAAGCAGAGACCCAGACAGGGCUCCAGAGAGGUACACCUCCAGGUUUUAUCUCAAGUUCAAGCACCUGGAGAGGGCUUUCGACAUGUUGUCCGAGUGUGGAUUCCACAUGGUGGCCUGUAACUCCUCAGUGACGGCUUCCUUUGUCAACCAGUACACAGACGACAAGGUCUGGUCCAGCUACACUGAAUACGUCUUCUACCGUGAGCCCUCCCGAUGGUCCUCGUCCCACUGCGAUUGCUGCUGCAAGAACGGCAAAGGCGACAAGGAGGGAGAGAGCGGCACAUCAUGCAAUGAGCUGUCGACGUCAAGUUGUGACAGCCAGUCGGAGGCCAGCUCCCCCCAGGAGACCGUCAUCUGCGGCCCCGUCACCCGCCAGCCCAACAUACAGACUCUGGACCGGCCGGCCAAGAAGGGGCCAGUGCAGCUGCUGCAACAGUCCGAGAUCCGGAGGAAGAGCGACCUGCUCCGGACUCUCACCUCCAGCUCCCGGGAGUCCAACUCCAGCAAGAAAAAAGCAGUGAAAGAGAAGCUCUCCAUUGAGGAGGAGCUAGAAAAAUGUAUCCAGGAUUUCCUCAAAAUCAAAAUCCCAGACAGGUUUCCAGAAAGGAAACAUCCCUGGCAAUCCGAACUGCUGCGGAAGUACCACCUAUAG